GCAGUCGCUCCGGCUUGUUUCAGUUCUGCUGAACUCUCGUGGUUGUAGGCUUAGGAUUUUGGCGAAAGUGUAACUUAAGGUACUUUUGAAAACGCAGGUUGAUACAAAGUCUGCACAAGUUUGGAGUGUUCAAGAAACUUUCACCAAAGCAUGCCAACCGAUGAAGGAGACAGCGGAGUGGAAGCCAUGAGCCAGCCGGAAAGCCGCGAAGAGUCCCCAAAGGCACAGAAAUCAUCACUCGAUGUGCCUGCUCCAAACACGGGAAAUCCCUUCCCAGGAGACGAGGACGAUGAUGAUUCUGACCUUGACGAAACCCUUGCAGAGCGACUCUGGGGGCUGACGGAAAUGUUCCCAGAAUCCCUACGAAAUGGAGUCUCCUCGCUCGUAUUUGGAACAUUCUCUGGCACCAAGUGGAUGUAUGGCUUUAGCCGGUCGGCCCUCUGGAUCUUGUUCUCGUCCUCUGCCAUUCUCCUGGCGCCAGUCAUCUUUGAGAUUGAGCGUAUGCAAAUGGAAGAAAUGUCACGGCAGCAACAGAGGCAGAUCCUGUUGGGUCCUAGCGCGGCCAUGUCUGGCGGAGCAGGGGGCAGUGUACCCGGACUCAACAUGUUAAGUCCACCAGCGCCUCCUCAACCUCAGCGAUAGUUACAGCUUCUAGGACGAGCCCAGGGACUGCAGCGCGGCACCACCCCGUCACCCCUCAGCAAGAUGUUUCACUCUUCAGAGCAAGCUUAACCCUUCAGACUGUGCCACUUGAUUGUACCAUUGGACUUGGGUGUGUUUGUGAAGCUUCCGUUCCAAACAAACUGCGUUACUCUUGUGUACUAACGUCGAAUUGACUGUGCUCUUGGUGCCGACACAAGAGGUGUUGAAGUCGCACUUUUCAGAACGUGCGCUAGACCCGACGCACUGCUGAACGAGAGUUUGGAUGCAAUCAUUGAUAGUUUCUCUUUUACCUAUGAAUUCUAUUUCUGUCACCUCUCAUGGUUGUCAUGUUGUAACAUUGUGGCGUUUGAGAUAAUCUGAUCCCACGCGUAUCACUUCUCUGCCACGCGUGUACCGUCACUAUCAGUGUGGAGAAGUGCAAGGUCAUGCAGGUGGGGAAGGACAGAAGUGCAGGGUCUGACCAGAACAAACAAUGAUGGUAAAGAUAGAUGAAUAGCUGUUCAUUUACAUUCAUCGCCGAGAGGAAUGCAUGGUAACAUCGUGACACAUUUGUUAUGCAUCUUUUCUGUCCCUCUAGGUUACAGGAACAUUGGAUGCAAGUACAUCAGUUAAUUUUAAAGAUUUUUUUGCCUUAUAAUACGUAGCCAAGUAUGACUGUUGGUCACGCUGUCCAGCUGUGUUAGAAUAUCAUCCAUUCUACAACUUUAAACGUGUCUGCAUUCAUUUAGCAGAAACUGGUGCACUUUCCUCCUCUUAUCAUGUUCUGUUGGUAAAACUUAUGUAGCUUGCAAACUGGGUAACGGAAACAGAACCACGUCACUCCAUUGUGUUAAGUUACAUUUCUGUUUGAAUGACCGUUACGAGGGCAUUGAGGGCUGCACCGAAGAGGAAAUAAGGCUUGUUGAGGUGGGAUAGGGUUAUGUAGAAUUGUCAAAUGUAGCGAAUGUUGAGGCAGACUCCAAAUGCCUCCAGCAAUGUAUGGUUCUUGGAUAAUGCCGUUGUUGUCACACGAAUGUUUGUCAAUAAAUGACUGAGUGAAAUUAUUAA